GUCUUCACCUGGGGCUGCAAGACCCUCGUGGCACUCCCUUGCCCUCCAUGGCUAUGCCUUUGUGGAAGCGACCCGAGUUUUUGGAGGUGAUUCCCACGCGGAUUGCACGGAGCAGAGGACAGAGUGUCACCUUGCGCGCGGCGAACCUGCCACCCGUCUCGACGGCCUGGUGUUUGCUCUCCAUGGCGUCGGAAGAUGUGCCCGUGCAAGUGCAGGCACGGGUGCGAAGCUCUUCCAUCCAGUGUUUGCUGAAGGACAUCAAUGCGACCUUGCAGAACUUGCGUGGUGCUUCCUCGCAAAAGGUGCAUUUCUCGGUCUCCUUCCACGAGAACUUGGAUUGGGUCCUGCCUUUACCCGAGGAACUCUUCGUGAAGGUCGUUGAUCCGCCCGAAGUGGUGAGCUGGACACCCUAUGUGGCGGCAGGGGAGAUGCUCACGGGCACUUCCUUAGAUGUUCUGAUCGAGGUGCCGGGAGAGACCACGCUGAUGAGUACGUUCAACCACUGGUACUGCGCCUGGCGCUCCGUCCAGGAGGCGAAUUACUCCUUCUUCUCCUCAUCAAGGCUGAAGUAUGUGAAUACGUCCUUCUUGCUUUGCCCAUUGAACUUUGCCAACUACAAGAACUUCCAACAGGCCGCAGGGGCCACGGCCUUUGAGCUUCACUACGCCCUGAGCCACGUCCCACUGGGGGUCAAUGAAACAGGCUUGGUGGAGACCAGUGGCUUGGUCUCCAGUCCCAUCCGCCUUCGCACCACUUGGAACAUCAAGACGAUGUACCACUGGUGCUUGCUAUGGCUGGGCAUUUGUCUCACCCGCGUCGAGGGUGCCGAGCAGAAGAUCUUCUGGGUGGACGACUUGAUUGAUCCGACCAAGGUGGAAUCCAAGUUGUGGAUGAAGACCGGUGAGGAUGCGCCAUUCGGAUCCCGUAAGGUCCGUUAUGACGACUUCGACUAUUGCUUGGAAGCCUAUGGCACUUUGAAUCCCACGAUCUGCAAGCCGUCGUACUUGAUCAACGGAUGGAAUACUACGGAUGGCGAAUCGGUGGCACCACUCACGCAACUCUCAGUGGCUUAUGACCCAGCUGGGGAAGGUGAUGGCGAGCAUGUGGUGGGUCCAGCUGCAGAUCGCACGCGGAGACAGAUCUUUUACAUCACCCCCACCUGUGCGAACACCUCAGCACGGCGCUUGACCGUUUGGAAGGUGAAGUUCUUGUUGGACAACCAGAUCGUGCCUGAUGGGACCGUGGCAGAUCCGUUGACCUGCGCCAACGAGUCCUACGUCUACGCGCUGAACCGCUACGAAGUGGACACCGGGAAGUUCUCGCUGAUCUACGUGGCCAAGCGCGCGGACUUCCCGGCGCCUGAGAAGUGGACGGCUUACAGCUGGAAGUUGGCCGUGGACAGCACCCGUCAGCGCUUAUACUGGUGGUACUAUGCUGGCUCCUGUGCGGUAGCAGGUACCUGCGAUGCGCCCUUGUACUAUAUCGAUUUAUCGACCUUGGCCGAUGAUGGCGCCAUGCCCACACCCGUCUUGGCCGCGACGGUCAACGAUGGCUAUGGGCAUGCUUACUGGGAUAUGGCUGCUGAUGACAGCGGGAUGAUCUACUUGGUGGAUUGGUAUAAGAUACGCAAAUACGAUCCCACGACUCAGCAGUUGAGCACGCUGCACACCGAAGACUAUUUGAACACUGGGUGGCAGUUCUACGGCGUCAGCCAUUGGGGAGGGACCAGCAAGUUGGUCAUCACCAAGACGAACACUGUGACCUCCAAGUUGUGGAUUUUUGACACCAGCGACUCCUCUUGGACAGAAUUCUGGAGCGCCGUGCAUUACGAGUUCUCCAACCUAGGCCAGACCAUGUACAACCAUGCCGUGGACGAGACCCACAACGUGCUUUACGUGGCCACCAGCGGCGGGAAUUCGGCGGGUCGCUCCAUCAUUGAGCUACCGCUGUCGAUCAGCGGCGCGUCGAUGCCCUACAAGGGAUGUCUCCAGGGCACUUUCUCUCUUCACUGCCCUUUGUAUGGCAAUGGAGAGCGCCUGGUGGUGGGUGACAAGUCGGCGGCCUUUUCGGUGGCGGGCGACGGCAAGGCCACGAACUUCGCGCCCGGCACGGCGCAUCGCUUUCCCGCCUGGGGCACCUCGCAGAUCGCCGUGAUCCCGGCGAACGGGGGAGACAGCUAUCCCAGCAAGAAUCCGUGUUUCAGCAAGGCCGCCGCCUCCAUCGACACCUUGAGCGCUCGACUGAAGGCCACAACACGGAGCACCUGUGGCAAGACGCCCUCAAGUGGCUUCGAUACCAGGCAUCUGCUCUUCACCGUCGACGCUGGGGACAAGUUUCCCAACUAUUUGAUGCGAGACUACGUCUCUUUGGAGGGCUUGGCCCAGUCAUCCGAUGGAAGCUUUGGCUAUGCAUACCAAGGCCAACGUCGGGCCUAUGCCAGCUUCAUGGACGUCGCCACAGGCGGGGGCAACACCGGAGAGAUUCCGGGGCUCCAUUCGAUUUGGGGCUAUGGCAAUGCCAUCAAAGGCCCUGCGGUGGAUUUCAUCAAUGGAUAUGUCUACUUCAUCUCGUGUGAGCGCACGGCGCUCCCAGUGAUUUGCUCCGAGUACGCUUUGAAACGAGUUCCCAUCAGCGCUUUGGAGGCUGCGGCAAAGGUACCAGAUCCCAUCGACUGCAAAGCCAGUGGCGUGAGUUGCCCCCAUUCCGGGCCUACACAAGUCCUGGAUGACCGCCAGGCCGUCAUUGCGGCUGCCACUGAAGUGCUCUACACCCAGACGACGCAACUCUUUCCGGGUCCCGACGAUACGGUGCCACAGCAGAUGAAGUUGGCCAUCGAUCCGGAAGCCGAGAUCAUCUACUGGUUAGCUCCACAACCCUCCAGCGGCUACAUCUCUCUCCUGUACCUGGACAUCAAAGGGUGGGACUCCUCGAAGCCGAAGUUCGAACCCUGCGACGUGGGCGAAGUGGCCGGGCACUACGCCUACGGCAGCUGGUCGACGUUGCAAGUGGCCUGUGAUGGAACCGUCAUGAGUCACGAGGUGGAUGUGAUCAAGACCUUGGAUUUCACCAACGACGCCAUUGUGGCUGAAUGUCGAUCGCAGGCGGCCACCUGGGCCGAUCUCCCUGCAGACUCGCGCCCGGGGUGGAAGGGGUGCUGGACGCGCUGGAUGACGCCGGGCUGCGGGGUCAGCGCCACUGGGUCCUGCGUGCUGAAGACCAUGACCUAUGACCCCAAGCGGGACGAAGUCUACUACGCCUUCCGCGAGAGCACGGUGAAGGAAAGCAUCAGUCGCUUCAAGCGCACCGAAGGCUCCAAAGGCGUGGGGAAUGAUGAGGUGGUCUACUCUGGAAUUUUCUAUGAGUUCCCACCCCGCGCCGACAAAGGAGCUGCCUUUAUCGCAGGCCUCGCGGUGGAUUCGCUCAACGAAAUGAUUUAUGUAGCGAAUUACUAUGGCAAUUCUGCCCAGCAAUCCGUGGCGAUGCUGCCUUUGCCCGAGAAUGCCAACUAUCCAGGAUCCAAUCAAGAAGUGCAUGCCAGCUACUGGCCCAUGGACUUGGUCAACGACACAGAUGCACCCAUCGCCUGCCUCUACGGGCAUGAGUCGAUCCCUCACUCCUCGGGCUACGGCAACCGCAAGUGCGAGUAUCAAGGCGAACGCCUUCAAUGGGGUUUCCGCUCCACCGGGAUGGAUGUGAUCUUGCCGAAUCCCGAGGGAAUCAAGAGGUACUACAUCGUGGACACGUCCAACUCCAUGGCGGUCUUGCCUCCCAAGCCAUCAGUGCUGGGCCGCAACCAACCCUUCGAUUGGACCCAGUUCUACAAGAUGCUGCCCCACGCCAACAUCCGGCUCAGUAAGGUGAAUGGUUGGAGUUAUGUGAACCAUCCAGUGAGUGGCACUGAUCUGGGCUUGACGCCCAGCUUUAGCUUCUGUGCCGAGAUUUGCUCCACCUUCUGGCGCAAAGGUUCCCGAAGGUGCAUCGGAUUUGAUUGGCGCAUGUCCAACCACGAUUGCGAGAGCCUCACGCGGAGUGGGCAGCUCCCGAACUUCACCAAGACCUGUGCAUACUCCAACAGUGGUCUGAGUUGUUUAUUCGCCCUGGUGACCUUGGAUGACACCACCGCGGACGAUUUCACCGCGUGGCCCAACAACUGCUUCACCAUGCCACAGGCGGAUCGUGACGGAAAUCCAUGGAUCGUUGGCAAAGCUGGCUAUGCGCCAGCUGGUGGCUGGCCCAGCUAUGUGGGAGAGUCCACAUCCAGCGGAUUAAAUGGAGGAGAGAGGGCCCUGCUCUUUCUGCUGAAGGAUGAGCUGUUGGCAGAUACAACUCAAGGGCAAAGCCUUCGCAAUGCGUGGAGAUUGGCGCUUCCCAAUGCGCGUUGGUUUGGAAGUACUGAUCACGUGAAUUACACCGUGGGAGAUUUGGCCAAGAACGGGAAGGCGAUCUAUCCAGGCGAUCUGCAAGGUUACGUGUUCAACUCCUAUGUGGACAACACGAAUCCGAAUGCCAUGCCUACAACGACCGCCAGCUGCUUUUCAAACGACCAAAUUGUCAUCAGCACCACACAAGCAGACACCACCAGUGGCGCCUCUACCACGUCCGGCACCACCGGCGACUCCGGCACCACGAGCUCGGUGAGCGAGACCACGAGCACAGGGAGUGGACUCACCCAGGAUGGCACAGAUGCCACAGUGAUGAUCAGUGCCAAUUUGUUGGCCCUUUGUCUCUUGCUGGGCUUGUCCCGCGCGGUUCGUCGGCCGCGGGGGGGUUUCCGCGGCUUCAACGAGGUCUAUGUGGCGACGAACGUGCGUAUCACUGGGGCGAUGCCGCAGGUGCAAUCAACGGGGGCAUUUCCUUUGAUCCAUGUGGCAGGCUCGGGCUUGAGUGGGAAGACCAUCUAUGCCUUGGUCUCAAAACCUUGGCUGGAGUCGACUGAUCUGUUGGCACAAGAAUGCAGGCUUUGCCAACCUCAGUCCAAUUCCUCGCUGUUAUGCCCCUACACGGCCACCGGCUUGCCGGGCGAAGCGCUGGUGAACGCCUCCUUCUUCCUGGUGGAUCCAUCACGCGUGGAGGAGGUCUUGGCAUUGCGAGAGACGCCCUGCGAGGACGGAGUGCUUUUGAGCGCUUUGAAUCUCACCGUCUUCCGCUCUGCAGUUGGACCCUUCGCCGUGGUGCCCCACAUUGUCCCAGCCAAGACCACCGUGCGCUUCGCGAUCACUGGUAGCUCCUUCGUUGCUUAUGAGGCGCAGUACUGUCGCUUUCGGAUGACUUGGGAGAGCUCGCGGUACCCCAUGCGCUUGUCCGAAAGGGUCCUGGCCGUUCGCAUCAACUCCACGCUGCUGGUGUGCUCUUUGGAUACGCCUGAAAUGCCUGGUCGCAUGUCCACACUCUUGGCCAAGGGAGAGCUGCUCUUGUGCACGCCUGGCUCUUGCAUGGACGAGAAUUCCCUGGAAGGAUUUGGCGUGCAGAUCCUCACGACCAUGGAGGUCUUUGUGCGGCCAAGCUUAGAUCCUGACUCUUCCUCCUUGGUCUAUGCUCGAGGGGCCUUGACCGAACAGACCUUGCUCCUUUCCUUCGGCAGCAGCGGGCAGCUUCCAGUGUCCAUUCUGCCAUGCGUGAUUCAGAUGGGCUGGGCAUCUCCCAUUGUGUGUGAAGCUAUCAGAGAGGAGGCCUUCUAUGCGGCCGAUCUCCUUUGCCGGGUGCCUGCCAACUCCUCCUGGCCAUCUCUCACGCCACAACUGCAGUGUGAGGGCAGCUGGGCAGGCUACAACCCCAUUGACGUGCCAAGCUUGCCGGUCGUUGAUGUGGCUGAACCUGUGGUCACCGAGCAAUCUGUCCUCGAUCUGCAUGUCGAUGCAUCCGACCUAAUCCGUUAUGGAAGCUCCUUAGAGGGGCUCAGCCCUUCCGAAGUGAGUGGGGCUGAUGUGAUCCUCUUGCGCCUCGGGAUCUCUUUGUCACGAUGGGAGGCGGAAAGCCCUGCGCUGGUGACACGCUUUCUGCAGAACUGUCGCCUCACAAGGAGCGGGCCGGUGGCACGCCGUGCGCGAGAAGGGGCCUGGAGUGCGGAUGGUGUUGCCGACUACAUCAACACCAGCAAUGGCAGUCAUCUCUUCUUCUGCAGAUUUGAGGUCUCGUCUGGCAUCCAGGACAUAGUCCCCUGGAACGAUCAGGAAGAGCCAUCUCUGAAUCUCUCCCUCCGCUUCAGGAGCGGCUUGUGGUUCGACACCAAUCGCAGCGUGACCAUCCGGCCGCGCAUCACUGGGGCGAGGCGGUUCCAAUAUGGUCAAUCGGCCAAGAUGCUGGACUCAAGACGGCAAGUUCGCCGCUGGGCGGAGCUUGUUCGGUGGGUGGGUGGUCUUGUGAUCGUCUGGCGGGUGGCGGCUGGAACCGUUCCACCGCAGCUGGCACACUUCCAGGUGAUGCCGCAAGGAGUGCACCUGAUGCCUCCGCAAGGUUUUCCCAUGUCACCCACAGGAGCACCGACCUCCCCAAGCAGCUCCCCGACGAGCCCCACGAGCCCUACCUCGCCUUUGGGGUCGCCUGGAGUGCCACCACCUCACUGGCCAGGUGUGCUGCUGCCUGGAGCGCAUGGAGCUACGACGCCUGCGAUGGCGCCACCAGGGCAUGUGGGGCCUCCAGGAUAUCUUCAAGCGUCCGCCCACACUCUGCCGGGCCUCCAGGCAGUCAGGGCUCCGCAACCGAGACAGGCUGUCAAAGGACCGGCUUUGCCAGUGGGUGGUGGUGUGGACGCACCAGUCACCAAGACCGUCUCGGAUGGUUCACCCGUGUCCAAACGAGUCUCGCAGGUCUCCACAGAUGGAAGUCCUGUCACCAAGACCUCCUCCGGUUGGGAUGGGUCGCAAUUUGGCUCGGGCCGCCUCAAGAUCAUUUUGGAUGACAUGGACGCGGAUUUGCGUGACAUUUGCGAAAGGAUCGAUACCAAGCGCCGUGGCUACUUCUCAAAGAUGGAGUUAGUGGCAGCUGUGCAGAAAGAUCCCGAGGUUGCAGCCUUUGUCCUGCCGAAGAUGCAGGGCUUGCAGCUCCCAAGCUCCUCCGGUGCAGCCACCGAUGAAGAGAUCUUCGAUGCAGUGAUGGAUAUCUUUGAGCUGAUUUCUCAAGGAAAGCAGCGAAUCAAAUAUACAGACUUAGCCGCAUACUUCGCUCGAGCAGAGGAGGAUGACAGCCGGGAAGCGACCAGUGAGUUGACCCGGAUGUUUGAACUCAUCGAUGACCGAAGCGGCUCCAUCUCCAAGUUCGCGAUGUUUGAGGCGGUGAAGGCAAAGGAAGAGGUUGCCAAAUUUUUGCUGCCGCAAUUGGAUGGUGCACAGGCCAUGGAGAGUGAGGAGGCGUUCAAUGCGAUCGACCGACUCUUUCAGAACAUCGCUGGUGGAAAGAAGCGCAUUGAGUUCUGCGACUUUGAGGCCUACUUCCGAGUGAAGUUCAACAGCAUCCCCAAGCGCACGGCUGCCGACCGCUCGGAGACAAAGGUCUUCGUGAUUGGGCCAGGUUUCGGGCAGCAACUGAAUCCCCGGCAGAGUGCCAUGAUCACGGAUGCUGGCUACCAGGUGAAGUUCUUCCAUGGGAUCCCCAAUCCGGAGAAGAGGGACUUCGACGUGACGCCCUACUUGGACCAAAUCAAGGAAGGCAUCGAUGCUUUUGAGCCUCAUGUGGUGGCAGCGGCCUCGAAGGGAGGAAUCUACUUGCUGGGUCUGUGGGAGGAGGGCUUCUGGCGGGGACCCAGCCUGCUGCUGAACGGUCAUCCUCGCUGUAAAGAGUUGCCAGAGGGUGUGCCAGUGGUGGUGGCGCAUGGCAGCAACGAUGAGGUCUAUCCCACACCACGGGAGCAGCUCGAGAAGUUGAUCGCCACCGGCACGGAGAACAUGUGCUUCCUGUAUCACACCGCAGACAGCGGGAGAUUGCCCACGCAGCACUUAACCCGCAAGGGCGAUAAGCACAACAUGGAGUCCCUCUUGGUCCGGGACACGUUGCCACGGCUCGUGGACGCCACCUUGGAUCCUGCAGGACCAGAGGCGCACAUGAUUCGCACCUGGCGCGAACGGAUCUCGGAGGAGCGCUCCGAGGCCGAGGCUUGGCUAGGUCACAAGCCUGAAGCUCUACGGAAGCGGUGGGAGAGCAAAGGCAUGGAUGAGCAGAAGCUCUACCAGGUGACACGUGGCAGCGAGGAAUGGGCCAUCAUCGAGACCAUGUUCUGGGCGGAGCCCAAGGAGACGCCGGUAUAUGGGGUAAAGGGCAAUUGGGAGAAAGUGCAAAUCUCCAACAUCCAGCGUGUGGAGAAUCUGCCACAAUUGGAUGGUUGUGCCAAGCCGUACUUUGAGUCCCUCGCGCGCAACAUCGAAGCCCAGGGCGUGGAAUUUCAUCCCGAGCUGCACACGUCUUGGGCCUUUCACGGUGGCUUGAGCGAGAACCUGGAGUCCAUCGUCAGUUGCCGUAUGGCCGGAUUUCAGCCCUUAGCUGCAGGCUCGCGUGGAAGCCUCGUCUGGGGUUCUGGAACCUACUUUGCCAGGGAAGCCAGGUACGUCUCAGAGGGUGGCUUUUGUGGGAAGCCGAAUGCCGAUGGAACUCGACAGAUGCUUCUGUGCUUGCUGAUGACUGGCCUUCCAUGCCUGGGAAGCCCACAACACAAAGGUGUGCUACCGUUCCGGAGCAAGCCGUAUCGGUACCACUCCUCGGUGGACAGCCUGUCGAGUCCAGAGAUCUUCAUCACGCAGCAUGCAGGUGCUGCUUUGCCGGCCUACCUCAUCACCUUUCACUGA